GGAAUUAUCAACGUAUUUCUCGCGUCAGGUGGCUCCUUUAAGUAGCAAAUGCGAGGACCUUGUCCAACGCUUUAGAAGCAUAUGCUCGUAUAUAUGUGGAGACGGCUACGAUGACGAGGUUGCUCUUAAGAAACUCAGCCAUCAUCUUGAUACCCUAGAAGGCCCGGAUGGACACAACAACAGGCUCUUCUACUUGGCACUUCCGCCGCAGCUGUUUGCUCUUAAUGUGCGCUCAAUCAGGAAGCACUGCUGGACACAAAGGGGCUGGAACAGAGUAGUGGUUGAGAAACCAUUUGGACGUGACAGCGAAAGCUCGGAAAAAUUAUCAAACGAGCUUAUGGAAGUCCUUCAAGAAAAAGAGAUAUACCGCAUUGACCAUUACCUUGGCAAGGAGAUGACCCUGUCUAUCAUUGCACUGCGUUUUGCCAACGUUGCAUUUAAGCACCUCUUCCAUAGGCACAAUGUACGUUGCGUACGUAUUACCUUCAAGGAAGAUAUUGGAACGAAGGGCCGCGGAGGCUACUUCAAUAGCUAUGGGAUUAUUCGGGACGUGAUGCAAAAUCACAUGUUGCAGUUGCUGACCUUGAUAGCCAUGGAACCCCCUGCAUCUCUGAGCGAUGAAGAUGUCAGAGAUGAAAAAGUUAAGGUUCUGAAACAGAUGCCUCCUAUCAAGCUGGAGGAGACAAUCCUGGGACAGUAUACAGCGUCGACAGAUGGAACGCAACCAGGUUAUUUAGACGACCCCGGAGUCCCCGCUGAUUCUCGGACGCCCACCUUCUGCGCUUGUGCGCUGUGGAUCGAGAAUGAAAGGUGGCGGGAUGUCCCGUUCAUAUUCAAGGCUGGCAAGGCUCUGGAGAAGCGCUGCACCGAAAUUCGCAUUCAGCUGCGCCCAAUCGCCCAGUCCUUCUAUCCUGAGGAAGAACUUUCAGAGAACGAACUUGUAAUCAUUGUACAACCGCGUGAAGCCAUUUACCUAAAGUUCUAUACGAAGAAGCCAGGCCUUGCUUCAGGACUCCAGCUCACAGAACUAGACCUAUCAGUAAUGGACAGGCUACAGGUUGAUCGACUGCCCGAUGCGUAUGAACGACUGCUGCUGGAUGUGAUAAAAGGGGACAGACAGAACUUCGUUAGAACUGAUGAGUUGCGCGAGGCGUGGCGCAUCUUCACACCGCUACUUAAGCAGAUCGAUGAACCAGGGGUCAAACCAGAACCUUACCCUUACGGAUCGCACGGGCCGGAAUCGGCGUACACCUUUAUCCAGCGUUUCUAUUCAUACCAUAAGGAGGCGCGUUAUCAGUGGCAUGCGAAACACUGA